AUGUCUAACAAAUACAGGCCUUACAAAACAAUUAUUGGUUCAAACUACGAGCUUAAACAAGACAGACAAGGAAAGCUCACAGAAUACGUACCAAAAACUGUUCCUAAAUCUUUACAAGAUCGAGCAGUCAGGGAUAUAAGUACCGCUCUUCUCUUACCAAAAUUCAUUGAAUUCAAGAAAAAUGGGGAUGCAACUAAGCCAAUGCGCCGCCCUUCUAAUGUCGCCAAUUUAAAGAAAGACUUUGAAAAGCUUAACCCAAAUAUAUUAAACUCGAUGAACCAAUUGUGGGAAAACUAUAUAUCGAAGAUAUAUAUACCUGAAAAAGGACUUGACUCAAUCACGAAAUGCGAAAUUCAAGGGGCACGUCUCCGUGUUUUCCAGUCGAAAAACCCAAAUUUAUUUGGAGCUGAAGGAAUAUGUGUGUUCGAGUCGAAGAACACAAUCGUCUUAGCCUCACAAACAACUCCUGUCAAAAUUCACAUCAUUCAGAAAAAUAAGUCGAACUUCCAUAUGUUCUAUCAAAACACACGUUUCACUUUAUUUGGAGCUGCUUGGUGCUUUAGACCAGCCGAAAGGAUGAUAAAGUCACUCAAAAUUAACCCAACAAUUACUUUGUGA